AUGCUUCUCCUUCUUUUAUUUUCCUCCACUUUCAGUAACUUUAUUUACUUCUUACCCUCUAUCUCGCCACCUUUCUCUCUCAAUUUCUCACUGCCUUUCUUUAGUUCUUACUACAUUUCCUUUUUUCUAACUACCGUAUAUUUCCCUCUCUGUUUCUUUCUCACACACCCUUUUAUUUCUCUCACUUUUCUUCCAUGUCUAAAUCUCUUUCCUAACUCUACCUUCUUUUUCUCUCUGUCUCAUCUUUUUUUCCUUCGUGUUCCUUGUCUAUUUCUGUCACUUUUUGUCUCAACCCCUCCCUCUAUAUUUGUCUCCGACUGCAUCUAUUCUUCUCUACUCUCUCUCUCUCUCUCUCUCUCUCUCUCUCUCUCUCUCUCUCUAUUCCUGCUUCUACCUUUUACUUUAUAUCCGUCUUUCUCUCUUUCCUUCUCUAGAUAUUUCUCCCGCUUUUUACCUACAUUUCUCUCUUAUUUUAUGUCUAUAUCUGUCUCUUCUCUUUCACGCUUCUCUAUUUCUCUCCUUUCCGUAUUUCUCUCUCUUGCUCUCUCUCUCUCUCUCUUUCUUUCUCUUUCUCUCUCUGAGUUACACUCUCAUGAUAAGCCUUUCAUAUCAAAUUAUUUCGUCUGUGUUCUCUCAAGCUAUCACUGUCGUAUUAUUUUACAUCUGUUUAUCCUUUAUAUUCAAUUAUUAAAUAAAUCACCAAUCAACCAAAAUUUAUAUCUGUUGGUCUCUUCGUCUUUCUAUUUACCUGUCGAAAGAUUCAUAUAUACAAUCUAUUCAAACAAUUUCGAUUUCAAUCAUAAUUUAUCUGUCUACAAAGCCAUCAAACUGUUUUAUCAAUGA